AUCGGUCCACACAACUUGCCCAACGUGUUCGGGACUGAACAAGUCAGAAAGCGCUGGACUUGCAGUCAAGUUGGCAGCAGAAAGUUGUUGUUGUUGUUGUUGUUGGGCUCGUUUGAAUUUUCACUCAACAGUUUGUGUGUUUGUUUGUUAACGUCGACCACCUUUGAGGAUUCUACUAUACUUUACGUCGUUUUUAUUUCGAAUAAAGAGGAUCGCUGGAGUUAAAAUAAAAUCCGCCAUCAUGGCACCGCCGUCAUCUUUGCCACUUGUACGCCAUCGUCCGAUGUCCUUAUCGUUCAAUCUAUCAGUGAAAAAAAUCAGCGCCUUAACGUCCAGCCUGAUGUUGGUCUUGAUCCUCGUCCUAGUAGUAGACGACAUCUCCUCGUUCAAAAUCAAAAGCAAAGCUUACGGCGAUGCAGAGCGACCGCUCUACGGAAUCAUUUUGAACGGUCCGUAUCCCAAGCCGCCGUACCAGCACAAUGGCGGGCCGUACCACAAGCCUUUCUUGCCUUAUCGGCCACCGGUUCAGCCCAGCCGACCUCAUCCGGCUCCGUACGUCAAACCGCCGGCUCCUUAUUAUCCGACUCCGUCGUUUUAUCCGGCACCGCCGCCACCUCCGCCGUACCAGCCGGUCUACAAUGUUCCGUCGUCUUUCAAACCGGAUCCUUACCGUCCGGAACCGGUGAGACCCGCACCCGAACCGUAUCGCCCGCCAACCACUCCGGAACCUGAACCCUAUCGCCCACCAGCUACUCCAGCACCUGAACCUUAUCGGCCACCGGCCGUUCCAGCACCUGAACCUUAUCGCCCGCCGGCCGUUCAGGCGCCUGAACCUUAUCGGCCGCCAGUCAGGCCGGCACCAGAGCCUUAUCGCCCGCCCGUGAGGCCGGCGCCCUACAGGCCAGCGCCAACCCACCAACCGCACCGUCCCAACGUCUACCCGAUCCCGACGUCGUUCGACAACAAACCAUGGUACCCCAUUCCAACUUCGGCCAGCUACGUGCUCGACCCGGCCUUCCAGUUGAACGAGCUGGACGGUUACCCGUGGACUCAGGAGCUUCGCGAGAACGACGACAAGGAAGAAGAGAUCGCCGACAAGAUUCCCGAACUUCUUUUCAGAGAUGAACUCCCGCCGAAAUCGUUGGCCCAGCUGCACGCUAGCGUCAACGAUAUCAAUUUCAGUCCCAAUCCGGAAUUGAAUUUAAACUAAAACAACAAAAUCAAACGCUUAAGAAGAAGAAGUAAAGGGAACAAACUUUAACGUGAAAGGGUUUUAUUUUUUAAUAUUUUAAGUCGAUAAGAAUGAAAGGGCCUUUUGAUUGUUAGGCUGAAUCUCGCAUCCGGUCACGCCCCGUGAUUAUUACAACAACAAAAUCUAACAACACACACACAAAACAAAAAUAUUUUAAUAUAUAUUUUCACAUAAUAUCGCCCGUGACACGAAUUUUGACAUUUAUAUAUAUAUACUGUAAGUACAUUUUUUUUUUUUUAAAUUUAGAUUCUCAAACAGAAAUGAAAAAGAUAUUAGAUUAUAUGACGUCAUAACUCUCUCUCUUAUUAUUAUUAGUCCUACAUUUUUACGAGUAGAAUUUAUAAUUAACCGUUUCGUUUUUUUUCUGGUGGGUAAAAAAAAGAAAUACUGAACGCGGUCUUGAAAUCGAUCACGUGACAUUUAACGACACGGUCCAACUAACGACUUAACGAGCUAUCAAAAUAGAAGCACAUACACUAGAUCUAGGAAAGAAGAAAGUUGUGUGACGAAUUGAAGGGAAAAAACAUUUUGAGAUUCGUCGAAUGCUGCUUUGUAUAUUUUUCUCAACGUCAAACAUGUAUAAUAUAAUAAGCUUUUUUAUUUGAAACGAAAGAAAAAAAAAAUGAAAUUAAUAAAAAAAAAAAAAUACCAACAAAUUUUGUCGAAAUUAUUUGGUUUUUCUUGGGGGGAGAGAUUUUGUUUUUGUUAAUUUUGUUUUGAGUGUGUGGAGGGGAUUAAGUUGAAUUAUUUGACUGCUGGGGUGUUGUUCCACAUUUAACUUUGUUGUUGUGUGUGUGUACAAGUUGCCUUUCGUCUAUAAUUAAUUUUUCCAGCGCGCGAGGGCUAUGAACAGAAAAUUUGAAAUUGAUUGAAUAUUGACAAUUAAUUAAUUAUUAUUAUUAUUAUUAUUAUUUUCUCUGAAAAUCUUUUUGAUAUAAAUCGUCGUCGUCAUAAAAAAAGAUGACGAGUUCGACACCAACAUUCUUUCCAUUUCGUUUGUCCCAUGUAUAAUGUUUUCAACAAUGUAAUAUGAAAAAAGUACGUCUGUGGUGUGUAUAGCGUGUGUGUUAACAGAGUCCUCCAUCCCCCCUCGUGACGAACGUGUAACUACACACUAUGUUAUACACAGCAGAGAGCAGAUCUUGA